AUGGACUUCGCCACAGCCAGGGCUCAAUACUACCCAAGCUGCGUGGUGGAGAGGUUUAUCGAAGCCAUAAAACAACACCCAUGUUUGUACGACACUAACCGACUCGAUUUCAGGGACCAACAGCGCAAAAAGAACGCGAGGGAACAGAUACGGCAGAGCAGCGGUCUCUCUACAGGAAGGAGUUGCGACUACUUCGAGGAGCAGCUUAUUUCACAACUGGGCAAGAACACCACAGAAAAUGAGGCUUUCGGGCAGUCUAUUGCCAUGAGCCUUGACAGGAUGCUAACGAGAAUUCCCUCUCGCUUGAAGGUUAAAAUAAUGAAACUCUUCGCAGAAUUUUACCAGUAUGAGGCUUAG